AUUAAAUUGAAGUAUUUUAUAUUGUUACUAGAAUUUUUUUUACUUUUAAUUUUACUUGAGGCUGCAAAAGCUGGUUUGUUACACAAUUAAAAAUACAAUAUGGCCGCCGCGCUUGUAAACAAGCAGCUCUUAGUUGCAUAAAUAAUUUAUGAAUAAUUUCUGAUGUUUUGUUUCUUAUAUUAGUCACAUAAUUUAAAUGUUCAGUGGAUGAACAUGUUGCUACUCUGUUUGAAUGCAGUUCUGGAAGAAAUGGAGUAAAGUGUUUCAUUUACCCUUAUUCCUCAAAAAUUUUCUUUUGUUUACUCAGCAUUUUAUUUAUAUUUUUGUUUUAAGUAAACAUAACCUUAAAAUAUUUUCAAUAACAGAUUGGUGCCAUUGCAGUAGCUCAAUAUCAGAUUUAACCAGAAAACAACUGAAAAAGAACACUUUCUUUUUUUACACCUUGAAGCAUUGUCAUUAUCGAUUAUUUUAAAACACUCAAAGGCUUCUCUAAUAGCUAAAUAGAGACUUUAAUUUUGAAGUUCAAUAAACCGCUUUUUCCAGUUUAUAUGUGUGAUUUAUUUGGGGCGGGGGAAGCUUUAAAUCAGCAUUGGGUUGCACACCUGAAAAAUAAUGAGGUUUCUACAGCAGUUCUCAAUUCCUUUAUUUCCUGUUUAAUAAUCAGCAUAAUGUUCAAACUGUAAUGCAAUGAUAUUGAUAAUAAAGGGAAAAUAUCAAAACCAAAAAUCAUCUGUCCAAUGCAUCAAUAUAUUUUUCUAAUGUCAGACUUAUUUUAUCAGCUCAGCAUGAUUUAUCUUAUUUUAGUGUCUCUUCUUGCUUAGUUACAGAGCUUGUGAAUGGCUUUGACCCAUCUUUAUACUGGUGCAACAAUGUGUUGAAGCAAAUGCUGCCACUCUCACAAUGUCAUCAAAUAUCUACUGAAGUCCAAAUUAGGGACGAGGUAGCAAACUGUCAACGCAACAAAAUGUUUUUACAUUUAUCAAUGCAGCUCCAAAUCUCUGGUAAUCAGCUGUCUGAGUCUUAUGUAUAGAUCAGUUGUUGCAAACACAUCAUCUGUGACAUUCAGGUUAUGCUCUGAAAUCAGGUCCACACAGAUACUGAAGACAUCUUCAUCGCAUGGAAAGUCUUUGAAAACACACAUUAACUAUAUGACAUCAAAACAUGCCAACACUAUUAUAUCUUUGUCCAUGUCCAGUCUUAUCUUCAUCUAGACUGCCAUGCCUGCAUUGGAGGUGAUCUGCAGCCUGAUUGGCUGGCUGUGCCUCUACCUGUUGUUCUGCUCCACCUUCUCUCACCGAGGGCCCGAGUGGAACUGCCGCCUGGUCACCUUGACCCAUGGCGUCAUCAUAGUGCUGCUGACGGCAUACGUUGUGUUUGUUGACGGUCCCUGGCCCUUCACACAUGCAGGUACAGAAAACACUGACCUCCAGAUAUUUGCCCUGGCAGUCUGCCUCGGCUACUUCUUCUUUGACCUGGGUUGGUGCGUGUGCUACCGGAGCGAGGGCCCAGUCAUGCUGGCCCAUCACGCCGCCAGCAUCGUGGGCAUCCUCCUGGCGCUGCUGAUGGGCGUGUCGGGCUGUGAGACCUGCGGGGUGAUCUUCGGCAGCGAGAUCACCAACCCGCUGCUGCAGAGCCGCUGGUUCCUCCGCCAGCUGGGACUCUACGACAGCCUGCUGGGCGACGCCGUGGACCUGCUCUUCAUCCUGCUGUUCGCCGCGGUGCGCGUCGGCCUGGGGACCGUCAUGUUUUAUUGCGAGCUCACUUCGCCCAGGACUUUGCUGAUAAUGAAGCUUGGCGGCGUGGUCAUGUAUCUGCUGGCCUGGGUGUUCAUGGUGGACAUCGCCAGGUUCGGCUACAAGAAGACCAGGGCCAAAUACAGGAAGUGGAUGGUGAACCGCGAGCUCAAAGAGACGAGCGAAGAAAAACCAGUUGGGCACGAAGAGUGAUUGAGAAGACUAACUCAACCGCUUUCACAUGUUUUUAACAGACGCUCCAUGAAUUUAUUUAUUUUAUCUGCGGUACAGUGGACUGCAACAUUUUUAAAGUCUGUGUAAAAACAAUUCUGAAAAGCCUUGAUAAGUACAUUUAUUUUGCAAACUAAAUAAUGAUCUGACAGCGAGCAGAGCAUGCGCAUUAAGAGGUCCGACCUUUAGAGGAACUGCCAGCAGGGGGCGCAACUACAUACAUACUUUCCGAGGUGUAUGCGAACAUGUCAUCGCCCCCCCCUGCUCCCUGACAUAAACUUGUAUAACUCAUUUUUAAUUAAAGUAUCAAUAAUAAUAAAUGUACAUAUAUGUGAAUAAA